UUGCUGAUUAUGAAUGAAAUUAGAAUGGCUGCCUCUGCUAGUGUGUUGCUCUUGUGCCUUUUCUGCCUGGGAUCAGCAGAGGCUGGGAAGUUAUUGGUGAUUCCAGCAUAUGGCAGCCACUGGACAGGCAUGAGGCCUUUGGUGGAAGAGCUUGGCCGUAGAGGAAACCAGGUGGUGGUCGUCAUCCCAGAGGAAAGUCCGAACAUGGGUCCAGCACUGCAUACCACUACUCUGACAUAUCCAGUACCCUACAACAAGACCCAGCUACAAGAGAGCAUGAAUGCAGGUAUUAAUGAAAUGUUGAGUGCAGAUGUAUCUAAAGAUAUGGACCGGUUUCAGAGUUUUAUCAACACAAUGGAUCUACUUAAAGUUAUUAUAACCCGGAAUGCUGAGGGUUUGCUCUCCAAAAAGGAUUUGAUGAAGAAACUGCAAGAUUACAACUUUGAUGCUAUUCUCACAGAUCCAUUUGAGACUGUUGGAGUUAUUGCUGUAGAAUAUCUCUCAGUUCCAGCCAUUUAUAUGCAAACAAGCCAUCCUUGUGGUGUCGACGCUCUCGCCAGUCAAUGUCCAGUUCCAGCCUCUUAUGUUCCACAACCUUUAACUCACUUUACUGACCGCAUGAAUCUUUGGCAAAGAAGUGUGAACCUGGUAAGGACUCUCCUGCAGCCCAUGGCUUGCGGACGUAUGUUUGCUCGUGCAGAUGAGAUUGCUUCACGUGUAUUGCAGAAAAAAACAUCGAUGGUGGAGAUCAUGAGCCGUGCAGCUCUCUGGUUUAUGCAUUUUGACUUUGCCUUUGAAUUACCACGUCCAUUGAUGCCAAACAUGAUCCUAAUUGGAGGAAUGGACAGCAAGAAAGCAGGACCUUUGUCACAAGUAAGUCUUUCUAAUAGCUGUCAUUUUACACUACUGCUAAUUUUGCCUUUAAUGUCUACUAGCAAAGUUUCUCUAAAUUUGGCCAUGGAAGCAGGCACGUGCACAGGUAGGGCUCAACCUGUGCAGAGCACAUGCCCUUUUUGCUGA